AUGCAUCCACUCUCCUCAGCCGCUGUGAGGUAUCACCUCGUUCUCCCGAUCAAGGGUGUGCUGAACGUAGCAAUAUUGCCUGUGGUGCUGAAGGUGGCGGAAGAGGCUCCUAUAGGAGUGCUUGUUGACGAAGUUCUUGUCUUUCAACGAAUCAUCGCGACGUUCACAGAAGACGACGUUACUGCUUUUCACUUGCGGCUCGUUCUCCUGAGCAUCCCACUCUUCUCCGUCGACGAUCGGCCUCUCGAUUCGGUUCACGGCUAG